AUGACAGUUGACACUACUCUUUCGAUUUCCUCCCAGGAAGCCAAGACCGCCAUUGACAACGCUCUUGGGAAAGUUGCCAAGCAGCUCCGUGAAUUGAAUCAUUACGUACGAUUUACCUCAAUCUAUACGGAAGACCGAAUGACUGACAUUUCUCCUUCACAGAUUUGGUCAAACCCAGAGCUGGCAUAUGAAGAACACAAAGCCCACGACGCGAUCUGUGAUUUCCUCGAAAGCCAGGGAUUCACAGUUACUCGACAUGCUUAUGGAGUUGAUACAUCGUUCGAAUGUCUUAGCGGCACUGAAGGUCGACUCAUCAACUUCAAUGCUGAAUACGAUGCGUUGCCGGACAUUGGCCAUGCCUGUGGCCACAACCUUAUCGCGACUAGUAGCAUUGCAGCCUUCUUAGCACUAAGCCACCUGCAGAAGGAGUUUGGAAUUAAAGGCAGAAUUCAACUGCUUGGUACCCCUGCAGAAGAGAAUGGUGGAGGCAAAGCAAAGUUGAUUGAUGCUGGUGCCUACAAGGGGGUGGAUAUUUCAUUGAUGGCCCACGGUGGGCCUACGAACUUGCUUGGGAACCCCACCGAUGGAGUUGCAGGUGUCUUGAUGAAUGCUCGGAAGGAGCUACAUGUGGAGUAUUUUGGCAAGAAUGCUCACGCGGGAGGUAAUCCAUGGGAUGGUGUCAAUGCAUUGGAUGCCCUGGUUCAGGCAUACAACGGAAUAUCUACUCUGAGACAGCAUAUCCUACCAGACGAGCGAAUUCACGGGGCAUUCCUGGAUGUGCCAAAGGUGGCCAAUGUGAUUCCGGCUUAUACAAAAUCGUACUGGCAGAUUCGAAGCCCUACUUUGCAAGGACUCAACAAGCUUAUUGCAAAGGUCCGACAGUGCAUAGAGGGUGCGGCUAUCACGACUGGUUGCACAGUCAAGAUUGUAGAGGAGGGUCUUUAUACUGAUAUUGUCCUGAACCAGACUUUGUGUGAACGGUACACAGGUCACUUGGCAGGUUAUGGGAAGAGAGUUAUUCAGAAGCACGAGCAGGUCCUGACUGGAUCUUCCGAUGUUGGAAACGUGAGCUACGUCGCACCAACACUCCAUUCGAUCUUCGCCAUCCCGACACCAGAGGGGUCAUUCCCGCACCACCCGACAUUCACAGCGUGUGCUGGAACUGACGAAGCACACACAGAAGCUAUUGUCACUGGAAAGGGAUUGGCUCUUGUAGGCUUGGAUAUGAUGAUUGAUGAUGCUCUUUUCGAGUCGGCGAAAGCGCAGUGGGAGGGACAGCUCCUCGCACCUGUUAAGUCUUGA